UAUAAAAAUGAAUACAUUAAUACUGUUUCUUAAGUGUUUUCAUUGUGCUUGUUAACAUGUUAUCGUUUCAAUUAUUGCCAUAUGUAAUGAAAAAAUUUUGCUUCUUAAGGCGAUAUUCCAUAUGAAAACACAGGUAAACCUCACUUGUUUUGUAUGGAUAUUUGAAAUCAGAAUCUCUUAAAAUCUCUUGGGCCAAAUUUACUUUGCAAUAAGUGGGCAUAACUGCCUUGAUAUCAGUGAUGUCAGCCUUGGUAACUAAGCCUAGCAGAAAAAAGACGUAAGAAGAGAAAUUCUAAUGAAUGACAGAGAGGCAAUACCGCGACCCUUUCCUCUUACACGCCUGCAGUUGUUUUCUCCUCUAAUGCUUUUGAAAUUCCCUACUUACGUGUUUUUGAGGUGUGCCUUACUGACACAGCUGGAGCCUGUUACCCCCAGGUACGACUCUGAGCCCACAUGCACGAGCUCUGCCAAGCCCACGCUGGUCUGCGCGGGGCCAGAUCGCAUCUCUCGGCAUUAAGUAAAGCACCCUGGAAGCUGCUUUAACCUACAUGAGGAGCAUAGCAAAGAUAAGGCAAAGAAGUCACACUGGUAGGCGUUUUGGCUUGGUUUAUAUUGCAGCCUGAUCUAUUUUGUCAGCCCCACAGGAGAAUGACAGUCUAGCAAGAGCCGGGAGAGCAGCUCUGGCUUGGUCUCAGAGGUGGCAGCCACCAGGGUGCCCGGCUUAGCUGAGACACAAGCCCAGCCUGCCCCAGGCUGGGAACCAGGGCCCAGCAGUGCAGCUCCCUGCACCAGCAGCUGCUGGGAAGGAAGAGCACGGGAACUCACACAGGAUUAACACUGUUUUUCAAGCUAGGCUUAGCGUUUAAAAAGCUUGGCAAUGACUGGGCCGGUUUAAGAUAGCAUGGAAUAAAAGGAACAUGAUGACCCCAGGUGUCCUCCCUGCUCUCCAGCAGUCUGAGGCUUGGAUAGAAGCAGAGUCUGUAACUUUUAAAUGGAAAUCAUAACGAAAAUUCUCCUGGCUUUUCCAGAGGUGCCACAGCUUCCAUAACUCUUUUUUAGGGCAUUAUAUCUUAUUUUAGUAUAUAACAAUACAUGGCAGAUUAUCUCGUAAUUUAAUGUAUUCCUCUGUAUUUAUUAAUCAAACAACAUCAGCCUCAUUGUCUAUUGCAUGAGCUUUGGUAAGUGGCCUAAAAUUAACUACCUUUGACUUCUUUGCUUCAUGAACCAAGUAAUUAUCACUAUGUGGACAAAAAAAAAAAGACAAAAAGCAACUUUUUAACCUUCUUUAUGUUAAACGUGCCAGGGCAGCCCAGCCAGGGACAGAAACACCAUUGGUGACCCCAUGCCACGCACACUCACCCUGGUGCGCUAUGGUGCACCUCUGCUGCCAAAGAUGAUGGGCCCAGCCAUAAAGCUAAAACAACCCCUUAGUUCUGAAAAGCAUUUCUUCCAUACAAUUUCUAGUUUAAAUUGUGACCAAAAUGAAUGGCUCAUAUGAUCAAGCAGUGUGUCCUUAAUUUACUAUAUUGCUAAUAUCGUAAAUAGGAAUGGAAACGCAGGGCCCCAUGAGCCUUGAAAGCUUACAGUCUUGAUAAUUUACUUUUUUUGAAGCUGUUUACUUCCUAUUGCACUCAAAUCAACCUAAUUAUCUACCAAGUCAUUUUUCAAAUGUUAAUUAAUUUUAAAAAUUUGGAGUCAUUUGGCAACAAAUCUCUCCUUGCUGUACCUGGAUACCCUUAAUUGAUUUUGGGUGGAGAAAGAAUACAGUUAAACGCAAGACAAUCUAAUUUCAGACAAAAAUCAAUUGUAUUUUUAUCAUGUACGCAUUCAGGCUGAAUAGCAAUUUAAAGUCUUUGAAACGUUUUCGUACACUUACUUAAAGAAAACGUUAUCAAUUUACAUUAAAAUUAAAUACUGUGUUUUUAAUUUUUUUGAGCUAUUGAAAAGUCCAGAGUGGAAUUUUCUGAAAGAUGCAGAGAUUGCCUGUAGUUUCCAUAAAGACACAGGUCUGGCAGUAAAAUCUUUGUUAAUUUUUGGUUGCAUUUUCCUAGACUCUUAUUUUAGCACUGUAUGUGGACGGAAAUGUCAGGCAAACAACUUAGACCAAUACUUUGAAAUGUUAAAAUUUAAAUAGCCAAAAGCAAUUAUGAGAAGUAUAUAAUCCAUAAAACUGUCUUUACAAUUAGUAGAGAUCAUGGAACACUACUCAAACUGUAAUCAACGUAUUCCACUAGUAACAUUAUUUUGAAGAUGUCUGGUUUCUUCCUGAGAACAUUUGAGCCCUUUCUAAUGGCCAAAUUCUACUUUUCAUAUUCACAGUCAAUACAACAUACUGCCAUAUUAGCUCUCCUACUAUUACCAUUCCAGCUCUAAAAGAAAUUAUUAAAAAUAUUAAGAAUUGUUCCUCCUUAGAUGACAGUAUGGAAAACUCCUUCAGCUUACUUUUCUAAAAAUGGAUUUUGUGCUAGAUCAGCUUUACAAAAACACAAACACACAAAAACAUGUUUAAGGGUUGUUCCAGUUGGUGUUAGAGCUAUUCUUAGAACCAGAGAGUAUAUGAUGGGACUUAUUUGCCAUUUUCUUUGUGUAGACUUUGAAGUGAUGGGUAUCUAAACUGUAUGCCUACCAGUGAUCUUGCAUUACCAAUUUAAUUUCUGUGAGCUGCACAGUAUUUUGCACUUUAACACUGCCUCCAACUGUUCCAAGGUAGGAAAACCAAUUAUGCAAAUUUAUUGCAAGGCAAAAAGUAACAUGGUUUCCUGAGUCAGUGAAAAAAGGGCCCUGGAGGUAGAUCUAUAUCACAGUUUCAAUAUGAAGUGGCUCAUUGGUUUUCACUGUUUUGCAUUUUGGCGCGGCAGUAGGGUGAAUUAUUGGGAAACUAUUUCACCUCUUCAGGUGUUUGUGCUAUCUGUGCAAAAUACCCUCAUGUGGGUACGACAAAAAUGAGAAGUUGAGUAAAAAUCACUUCAAGAGUAGCAAAAAAAUAAGUUAUUUUUAUAAUAGUAAUUUUUGUGUAGUAGCUGAGCACUGGAAUAAGCCUUUGAAAACUGUGUUUUUUAGCAAAAUGCUUGAUUAGCGCUUCUAAUAAUACAAGUGAAAAAAAACCCCAAAAAAACAACAUCUAAAGUGGUGGUUUAAAUUCCACUCAAAGAGAGGAAAUGUUUAUUAUAAUCAGGCUUUAAACUGAUGCAAAAUCCUCUGAUUCAUUACCUGUCACAACAGCUACCAACAAAGGACACUAUGUAUCCUGUAUUUUAUCUUUGAAAACUAACGGCCUGAAACUGCCAAGAUCUGAAUUACUUCUGUAAUACCACUCAGAUGAAUAAGGACUAUUCAUGAAAUUGUCACGAGCAAAUAAUGUCAAACUGAUUUAAUUUUCUUCCACAACAUAGAUACAAACCUCGUAGGUGGGGGAAGCAGCUGAUGUGUGUCUUAAAGCUUUAAACAAAUCCCACUUGACUUAAGGAACAGAAACACGUUUUUGAUGAAGGCUCUACGGAGUAGGUGUAAGCUUGUUGGAAAACAAAAACUGUAACCAGAGCAAUUAUUAGUGCUUCAAUGUUAGCAGUAUUAAAAAAACAAACCAAAACAACAAAACAUAAAAACCCCAAACAAACCAACAAAAAACCCCAGUCAACCAGGUGGCAUCUGUCACGGCUACAGGUCUCAUUAUUCUUUUAAUUAAGGACCCAAAUGAUGAAAUGGAACAUAUUUAUUAUAUUUGCAGAGGAUACAAACCAAGCUCCUGGGCAACCAUGUUGUGUGCCAAGAUGCCAACGGCACUGACGAGUUGAAGGAGCCCCGCAAACGACAUUCAGCAGGGCAAGCACAACACUAUAAGAACAACCCCGAACCGAUUUGUAGUGCGUGUGGUCACCCAGUAUUUUCUCCUUGGCCCGGUUUUCGCACUCGCCGGGCAGAGAGCUGCUCGUCCGCGCUGCUGCUGCGCAGCGCCCCCGCUCGGCGCUGCACCCGGGAAGGCCUCGCUCUGUCUCACGGAGGCUGGGAGCAGCAGCAGCUCCCAGCGAAAAAUCCUCCACCUUCAGCAAGCUCUCCUUGUCCCCGGCGCCCGCUGGGCCGCUCCAGGCCCGCCGCCGGGACGCUGGGCCUCCAGGGCUGGGCUGGGACCGCGACACCGGCCGAGGAGGAGUGGCCCGGCCCGGCGCAGCGCAGGGGGCGGGCCGCGGCGCGGCGAGACGGCGCCAUCUCAGCGCGCCCGGGGCGGGGGCAGUGGCGGGCAUGGGGGCUCCUGCCUGGCGCUGUUUGCUGCGCGCCGCCCGGCUCCCUGCCGGCGGGACGGCUCUAGCGGCGCCGCGGCGCGUUCCAGGCUGCGGGCCUCCCGCCUGCAACGCGCUGUUUGCCCACUCCGCGUCCUCAAGCUCCAGGGAUGAGGCUCUAAGGGACAAACGCGCCCAGAUCCUGUCCCGCGGGCUGCCGAAACAGAAGCCUAUAGAAGGAGUUAAGCAGGUGGUGGUCUUGGCUUCUGGAAAAGGGGGAGUUGGAAAAUCAACAACAGCAGUAAAUGUAGCCCUCGCCCUAGCAGCAAAUGAUUCGACAAAAGAAGUUGGUUUACUUGAUGUAGACAUAUAUGGGCCUUCAAUUCCAAAGAUGAUGAACUUAAAAGGAAACCCAGAAUUAACACCAAAAAAUCUAAUGAGGCCCCUUAAGAACUAUGGAGUCGCAUGCAUGUCUAUGGGUUUCUUGAUAGAAGAGACGGCCCCGGUUGUGUGGAGGGGGCUCAUGGUUAUGUCAGCUGUUGAGAAGUUGUUGAGACAGGUUGACUGGGGUCAACUGGACUAUUUAGUAAUUGACAUGCCUCCUGGGACUGGAGACGUACAGCUGUCAGUCUCACAGAAUAUUCCAAUUGCAGGAGCUGUGAUCGUCUCCACUCCACAAGACGUGGCUUUACUGGAUGCACGCAAAGGAGCUGAAAUGUUUAGAAAAGUCCAUGUCCCUGUUUUAGGACUGGUUCAAAAUAUGAGUGUUUUCCAGUGUCCCAAUUGCAAGCAUGAGACACACAUUUUUGGAGCUGAUGGUGUAAGAGAUCUUGCAAAAACCCUUGGAUUAGAUAUUUUAGGCGACAUUCCACUGCAUGUUAAUAUACGGGAGACGUGUGACUCAGGACAGCCUGUGGUGAUCUCGCAGCCUCAAAGUGAUGCCGUUCGUGUGAUGACAGGUACACUGAGCGCAGAAUCAUCUUUGAUUAGUUCUGCUCUCGGGUCUCAGACUUUCAUAUGGGACCAGAUACCUUGGCUGAUCUCCUUCUGGAUGGGGAGCUGCAAUCUGGAUAACAUAGUAAAGGUAUGUUUUGAAUUAUUUUUCUUGAAUUGUUUCAAAAAGCAAAAGGAAAAGUUAUUUAACACAUUUUAAUUUAGUUUGGGAUUGUUUAUUCAUCUAUACUAACCUUUUUCUCUCCUCUUUUUCAAACUGUGGAUUUUAAGAGUGCAUUUUUCUGUCCAUCUCUCUGUAUCUCAGUUGUGAGUGAAAUACAGUUACCUAUUAGCAGCUGUGCAUGAAGAACUUUGCUGAAGAGCCAGUCUGCCGUUUUCCAAACUUUUUCUUGUUUUCUUUCUUUUGCAGUGACUCAGUAGACACAAAAUCACACUGAGCACCAUGGUCUGUUUAAAUUCUAUGGUUAUUUCACCACACGUGGAAUAAGAAAAGCGUAGAUUGUUUAGAAACUUCUAUUACCCAUGUUUUUAAACAACUCUUUCCAAUAACUCACUUGAAAUAUUCACCCUGCAGAUUUUAAAAAUGUAUAUGUCAAAAUCAUCAUCUGCUUGUGCCACUCCCUCCAGCUCUGUUAUGGAAGUAUUACUAAGUUGCAUCACACUUAUUUACAAAGCUACAUAAUUUAAGUGAAUAUAAAGCUCAGAUUUUGAUAAACCUUUCAACUAUAAAUUUUUUACUUCUCAAAUUACUGUGGAAAUAACUUCUGGGGAGGGAGGGGGGAAAGGUGAAUCCAAAAAAAAGGCCACUUAAAUUCCAAGUAUAUAAGAUGGUACCUAUACUUUUCAAACCUAAAUUGAUGGAAGACUGUUAUGAAAUGCACUUGGACCAAUGUGUAGAUAUUCAUGGACAUUAUAAAACAUCUGCAACAGAAAAUGCACAUUUUGUAUUCAUAUGGCAUCAGAAUUUACCUCGAUCUGCUACUAUACAAAGCUAUUGCUGAAACAAAUAAUCGCUAGACCCCUUAUUACAUUUUCACAUAUCUGGAACAAUGCUUGAAGAUGUACAGACAUAAUAUAAUUCAUUUUUCUAAUCUGUAAUGGGAUGAGCAUGUGUCUUACCAGCCUUUGUCAAAGACAUUUCACAGCCUGGAUAUCCCAAAAACAAUGUGUCUCAAACAAAUUCCGAGACAAUUAUUUCUCUAAUUUGGAGCAAAAUAAAUUUAAGUUUUUAUUCAACUUGCUAGUUAUAUGAAAAUAGCUAAGUACCGUUAUUUUUAUGUCUAGGUUUUUGCUUAUAUGUCUUCCAAGGGUUGUGUCCUGAGGCUUAGCUCACAGUCAUAAAGGCCAACUUAAAGUUCCUCAAUAAAUUUGAAUUAAUUUCUGAGUCAUUGCUGUUUCUGUAAUGUGCAUUUGAUUGAAACUAAGAUAGCGCCCCACUGGCUGUAUUAGAGCUUUAAUUUUGAGAGGAGACUUGAACUGUUCCUGCUUGUGACUCUGCAACAUUAUACAGCAAGACGGCAAAUGUGCUUUACAUUAGUGAUAUCCAUUCCAUAACAAAGGUAAGAAAACUGCCCAGAAUGUCCCAAAUAUCAUUAAAUUGAAACCACAUUUGCACGAGAGCACAGAAAAAGGGGAAAAAGUAACAAAAUAUCAGAUCAAAAGAAAUACUUUUUCAUGAAGGUACAAUGUGAUUUUGAGACUCUUAACCAAAAUAAUUUCCAAGUGCAGAGUUUAGCAAAAAUUCAAGACAAGGAUUAAACAUACAAGUUAAUUUCAAGCAGAAAACAUUGCUUGAAUACAAUUAUGAGAAACAGUGCAUUAUGAUAACAGAGUAUCAUAUUAAAAACAGAACAUCAUGAUUAAGAGAGCAUUAUAUAUAAAAGCAAGUAUUUGUGUUUCUGUACUUGGACCAGAUGAAAAUCAUGUCCUUUUUCUUACCUCUCAAAAAGCUGAGUGUUUAAUCUAAGCUAAUCUUCUAAACAUUCUGUGUAGCAUCAGAGGAGAAGGAGACACAAGGCGCUAUUUCCUUGGCAUUUUAAAGCUCAGGUUCAGCAAUGAGCUCCCUGUUUAUCUGCACCAGACCAAUCCUUCAUCAGGUCCAGACAGCAGGAGCUCGGCUGCUCAUGCAGAGCUUGGGUAAGCAUUAAUAACACCAUCAGUGAGCGAGGACGGCUGCCUUCAGUUCUGCGGGCAAGGCAGGUACAGAAUCGAACCACACCAAGCUCCUUCAGGACCGGGACAUGAAUAUGAUCGAUGGUGAUUACUUUUCUAAUAUCAUCUGUGUCUAGACAGAUGAGUAUGUUCUUGUUAGCUGAUGAGUUGUGUUAAUGGUAUUGGUAGGAAUGUGUCUUCAGAUAACCAUUUGCUUCCUCUGAGAACUGCAUUUAAGAUGUUCCAUGAGGACUGUACACAACUCAAUAGAUGCUGAAAAGCCUCUGAAUGUUUCUCAUAGUCUCGAUGUUUUAUUUUAAAUAGCAUGUCAUUUGCGAGACUCCCAAAGACAGAUAGCUUUCCCUGCUAGCUUGCAGUCACUCUGCAAUUAUAUGGAACAGACGUUGAAAUGAUGAUGGUGGCGUCUCACUGCUACAUUUUGCUGGUGCUAUGAUCUAAUGUAUUUCAGCAACAAGCAAUUCCCCCUGCAUUUUGUAUUCAUCAGAUGUCGACAUUAACACGCUGUCACUUCUAUCAGCUACACACAGUUUUUUUCAAACUUGAAAAAUGGUUUUUAAUCCAGAAAAAGUGCCACUAUAUCACUGUAACUGUAAAGGUGGAAGUUACCCAAUGCAAAGGUAGAAUGACGCCUUACUGUUUAAAACCUUACCCUGAGUGUUAAGAUGUGUAUAUGGGCCAUUAUGGAGCUAAGUGUGCUGGGCCAAAUUUUGCAUGCUGUAUGCUUAGCCUGUGUUGUUCUCUGUAAGCAUCUGCUUUUGUUGAAAAACACCCAGCUGAUGUGCAUGCUGACAUUUGUAGGUAUAGUUUUAGUUUAGUUUAUUGAUGAUGGUUUAAAAAUACCUGUUGAGGUUAUGUCCAUCCUUGAUCAGAAUAAAAAAAGGGAUGAAAAAAAUAUACACCCAAUUUAACUCACAGAUAGCAUCACUCUAAUGCUUCUGAAAAAUUCUCUCUAAGAUUCCAGCCUUUCCUAAAUCUGCUGCACCUCCCUGGGGGACAUGUGCUUGUUUAUUUCAUAGCGAUAUCACUUAUCCUUAGAGAAGUUCACAGUUCACAGCACAUUCUGUAUCUUCUUCUUUAUCUCUGUGAUAUAAAGGUCUGUUGGGUUGUUUUUUAUAAUGGAACAAACCAUGGAGUUCUAGAAAACAAAGGAAAGGUAUUUGUUUGGUUUUCAUCCCCAUGGCUAUAAAUCAAGAGAUCAAAGGAAUAUCAAAAAGGUAUCCUUCUAAAACGGUGAGUAGAGAGAAUUUUCUAGAGGUGAAUUGGAUAUUAAUAUAUGUGGAAAAACCUGAAAAAAUAUGAACAUUUUGCUCCACCUAUCUAUUUAUUUAUCUCUGUAUAACUCGUUCACAAACACUGGUGGUUUCAUAUUGCCGAGAAAGUUAUUUUCACACUUCCUGCUGGUUGAAGAUUUCAUUUCUUGUACAUGUCUAAAAAUACAUAGAUUGAAAAAAAAAAUCUGCAUGCCGCAAUUUACCACCAUGCGGGGACUUCCUCUGCAGAUGCUCAGUGUUUUAAAACUGCAUCAGCAAUGGAAAACUGCUCAUGCAGCGUUUAUUACUGACCUGCACUAACUCCUCAGUCACCAGGCAAGACUCACCACUGGAAUUUUUUCCCUCUGCUAGUUUGAACCAAGGCUGCACCUUUGUGCACUGUACACUGCUGAAGAAUCUUCAAGAUCAAAGCCUCAUGCCUGAGCACGGUCUUGUUCCUGGCAUGUCAUGCCAGGCCCUUUUCUUUGGGAGUGCUUUGAUGCAGCAGCAGCAGUCAGGAAAAAUAACAGAGCAAGAGCAAAGCGGGAGAGGAAGGAGGCAAUGCAAUGUGUUCUCAUGUCUCUAGGCUUCUGCAUUAAAGCUAAUACAUGCAAACCCCCUCUUUUGGAUAAGUUUCUCCUUAUUACCAUUGUUUUCCUUAGUUACUGUUUCAAUCAGGCAUGCCCGGAGACGUCAUUCUCUCAUUCUUGUAAAUACACCAGUGAAAACAUAAAGGACUGCUGAGAGCAAGAGGCUAUUUCCAGCCAUUCCCAGUGUAGAAAAAAUGGCACACUCAUUGAUUCACCCAACCCUGCACCUGGCCAUCAGCAAAUGGAAAUGUUCUGCAUGAUAUUAUACAGUGUCACCAACCUGAGAGGUUUGCAAGAACUAUGAAAGCACUGUUUCCCUUUGAUGGAGCUCUUCUUUGCUCAGGAGAGGCUGAUCUCAGUGACUGAUGCUCGGCUCUGAGUCUCCUAAGGGACCUUCAUCUUACUCUGUUCUGCCAGAAGAGACCACGGUGCAGGACUGAGAGUGAGCAUCACAAAUGAAGCAACUCUGAAGAACCUCUAGGACUUGUGAAAAGAUAGGCAUGGUUUCCAAAGAGAAAACUAUUGCACGCACAGAGGAAAAAAAUACCCUUAUGUGAAUACCACGAAAAUCCAGUGAUGCCAAGAAUCGUGGGGGCAAAACCAGGGCCACCUUUGAAGUCAGUGAGAGGCAAUACAGGAAAGUACAAUGCAGAUAGUUUCUGUUUCGGGCACAGCUUCUGAAAGGAGCCAUAAAAAAACUUUCUCCUUUUUUACUCCUGGUAAUAUAGGACUGCUAGCACCCGGGUUAGCCAUUACACUGAAAUACCAGGUUCCCACUGACACAUUUCACCUGAAGAAGGUGGCAGUACCGUGGAAUAAGUCUCCUUGGCUUCCUCUCUGUGGACAGGACAGAGAGGAAUGAUUGCAAAGAGAGAAAGGCUUUUCACUAAGGCUUUUCCUGACUCGGAGAUGGUCCUUCAGGUCACUUCUGGGAGUCUAUUUGUGCAGUUGCAGCCACUGCACCUGGAAAGGCACCACAAUACAGCAGAAGACACAGUUGCCCAGUUGGUGCUGCACCUUCUGCUGCUGGGCCCAGCUGUGAGCUGGGCUGUUGCGGGGGGUGUGCUGGCGGGCUGUCAGCUGCAGACACUUGAACCCCAGGUAACAGUACUGGAGUUUCAUGUCUCUGGCCUGACAAGCACUUUUUUCUUUCCAGCUUCUGCAGGCGAAUAGUCAUUCAUAUGAAACCAGAAGAAUAAUGGCUUGAUAUUAAGCAGAUUUAUGAUCUCUUUGUGCCUUCAGCCUUUACCUAGGGGAAAGUCCUAUUAGAUUCAGCAAAAAUUUGCAUAAACUGAGAUUCUAGGAAUGAAUAAAAAUGCGGAUUAAAAUUG